CUUUCAGGCUCUCACCUCUCCAUCGACUCCACUGAGAUCCCCCUAAGCGGCUCAGAUCAGCCUUCCUUCUACCCUUCUUACAGUCUUUCCUCUCGACACCUCCGAAAUUUCUUUCCGGUUAAUUAGAUUGCAGAAAAUGAGGACAGGUGGUACCCUCAGCACAACAAACUCAGUAAGCACGGCCACAUCCACAACGACGGCACCGGCGUCGGCGGCAGUGGCAACGGGACAGCACUCGCCGUGGCAUUCUCCGGUGCCGUACCUCUUCGGGGGACUGGCUGCCAUGUUGGGUCUUAUUGCGUUUGCUCUGUUGAUCCUGGCCUGUUCUUAUUGGAAGCUUUCUGGGUAUUUGGAGGGUGGAGAAGGCGGUGAGAGAGACCCCGAGAGCAGAGACGAGAAAUCGAGUGACGCCAUGAAAAUCCCGUCUGUGUUUGAAGAGAAGAUCUUGGUGAUCAUGGCUGGUGAUGAGAAACCAACUUACUUGGCUACACCCAUUUCGAGCAAACUUACUUGGCUCGGAGACAAUAGUAAGAUUACCCAGAACGACAAUAGCAAUAAGGACGGCCAAGAGAGUGGGAAAUCAGAGUAUGAAGAGAAACCCAAGACAAGUACCCAAGAGGGGAGCCAGCAGCAAGAGACAGAAAACAGAGAGACCCAAGAGCAGAGCCAUUAAGCUUUCUUCGAAUUUUCUUUCUUUUCAACAGAACGGCAAUUGGUGUGGAUCAGAGAGCUCAUAUUUCAGGUUUUGAUUUCUGAAUAUGAGCCGACUGAUAAAUGGGUAUGAGACUAUGAGUCUACGAACUCUCCUUUGGAGGAGGAGGAGGAAGAGAAGCUGUUAGAGCUGUAAAUUUUCGUUUUUUUUUUUUUCUUUUAUUGAACUCUUUCGGGAAUGUAAAUUUUGAGAAGAAAUGAAGGAUGGGUUGUUCCUUGAAUCAUCUUCUUCUUUUUUGCUGGUAAUUAAGCAGAUUUUCUCAAAGACAAAAAACGAUUAAAACCA